UCCAGCCACACGCCACCCGUGUUCGGAAAUCUUUGAAUUUCGAAAAUGAAAUCGGCCGCGCGAUUUCAAUCCCGUCAAUAGAAGAUGCCAGUGUUCCGCUCGGAAAAUAUUUUUAGAGCAACAUUCGUCAAAGACUGUUAUAUAAAAACUGUUAUAAUGAUGUGUCAGUAGCAGAGACAGUAAGCGUAGCAGUGCGGUAGUUGCAGCGUCGCGGUUUCAGUUUGCGUUUUCAGUUAUACGUCACAUGUAAAUUGGACGCGGCGACAUUUCGUUUGUUUGUUUUCAUCGAAAGUGACUGGACUGUGACAUUUGAAAUCGAUAGUAUCCGUAAUUGAAGUACCACGUAUGCGGGUCGCUUUAGUGAAAUUUGUAUUGACUUAAAAAAUUGGGAGCAAAUUAUUUGAUUGUGAAGUGACAGUGGGAUUUUUCGGAAAACUGCAGUUGCCCAAUAUUGUGCACACACCAAAGAUAUUAAGCCAAUCGCAGUACUGGGCGAGGACCUCUCUCAAUAUGGAGGUAUGUUCUCCGUCUCCGUUCAUGAACAAUACGAUGAACCAAAAGUGCAAAGUAUGUGGAGAACCAGCGGCCGGGUUCCAUUUCGGCGCAUUCACUUGUGAAGGAUGCAAGUCAUUCUUCGGCCGCUCCUACAACAAUCUGAACUCCAUCACGGAGUGCAAGAACAACGGAGAAUGUGUCAUCAACAAGAAAAACCGGACGGCGUGCAAAGCGUGUCGACUGCGCAAGUGUCUGAUGGUCGGCAUGUCCAAGUCUGGCUCCCGCUAUGGCCGCCGCUCCAACUGGUUCAAGAUCCACUGCCUCUUACAAGAGCAACAGCAAGCUGCGCAGUCGCAGUCUCCUCCGAGAGUGCCGCCCUCCCCCCACCCGCUUGCUCCUCCUUUCCCACCUCAUCUGUUCCCAGCGCUCGCUAGACCGAGAACUAAGGAAGAACUUGCUCUCCUCGGCUUAGACGACUACAAGCCUCCAUGCUCGGCAUCUCCAGACUCACACAAAAGCGGGUCAUCGCCAAAAUUAGAUGAGAAAUCUCGACUGACACAGUCGCGGCCACCAGAAAGACCGCUGACUCCGCCUCGAGAUAGCUUUGUUCCACUCCACCUCGCCAACAUCGCCUCCUUGCCCCACUUCCCCCACUCGCCCUUCUUACCACCGCCGCCGUUCAGCCCGUUCGCCCACAACCACCCUCUGUUAUUCCCGCCAGGCUUCCACCCCUUAUAUUCACGACACCUCCUAGAUCAGGCAGCGCUAAGACAAGCUGCUGAGAAUAACAAUGACGUCAGAAUCGAUGACCACAAUGAGCGGACAGAGUCGUCGAAACGGUUCUUCCUAGACGAAAUCUUAAAACAGCAACGGUCUACACAGCCGACUCCUCAGGAAGAGGUUAUCUCUGAAGCUGAGUUCGUUCCCACACCGCCGGCUGAAAGGAGAACCUCAGAAUCUCCGUUUCAGGAAAAUCCUAUGGACUUGUCUGUGAAAUCUGACGGCAGGUCGAGUUCUGCGCGUCGGAGAUCUGAUGAUAGUGAAGUGAUAGUGCCAGACAAUGAGGACGGAGAAUCAGGCAGCGCAGCGGCGUCCGCGAGCGAGGAGGAGGACGUUUCAUAUUCACAAAUAAAGAGGAUCAAGCUGCACCCUCUGGACCUCACCACCAAAGUCUGACGUGAGACGCCGCGUCACCUAGUGCCCUUAUAUAGACUGUAUUAAACGUCAGUGAAAGAAUCAAAGGCCAGUAUAGAGGAAUGUGAUUUUUGUUUAAGCUCAAACAGUCAAUUGUUUGAUUUGUUAUCGCUUGAAAGAGUCUAUCCAAAUACGUAUAAUAAGUAAUGUUUAGUGAAUACAAUGUUAUUGGUACUUAACGAGCCCGGUUUGAGGUUAUGUACAAAACGAAUGUAAAUAAAUAAAUUAUUCUUUGACAAUGUAAGUUAGGUUACUGUAGAUAAUGAUUAUGUUUUUGGAAAUGGAGACAGCCGGGUGUUGCAGCAUUCCAUUCAGAAUCGUACAUAUUUUUGUAUAAAUGUUUGAAUAUAAUUUAUUUCUAGUAGAAUUUCGAAGUGUUGUUUGAGGUUGUAAUGUGUUACUUCGGGUGCAUUGUGAAUCCUUUUUAUAUUCCUAAGUCUUCGUAUUUCUAUCGGUAGCUAAGUUCUAUUAUAUAAUCACGACUGUCGACUGUACUGUUACGUUCAUACAAAUACUCUUAUUAUCUCUUUUUGAUUAAUAUAUUGACAGUGUUGAUAAUAUUUAUGUAAAGUCUUUAUUUCUCUUUUCAUUUCUAUGAGAUACUAGAGAAAGAGAUGGUAAGAGCCAAGGAUAUACUCGAUUGUUACACGAACAUUCCUAAUUUUGCUCAAUAUUGUUGUUGUAAUCUCCUAAACAUUUCCAUUUACUCAACGUAGUGAAAUUAUCGACACAUUCAUACUCAAAUGUAAUACUUUGACAAACGUGUUUUUUGUAAAUAUAAAUAUAGGUAGAGUGUUUUUUUAUUUCAUAAACAAAUGUUUGUAAUGAAUACAU